ACCUGCUGGAGAGUGGACACCCAACUUGACAUUCAGUUACAUAUCAUCAACUCAUCAUGGCUUCCUUUCAUAAGCUUCUUCUCUUAUUAACAGCACUUUUCAUCUGCACAGCUGAAUCCGCAGAGCUUUGGAGUCAGUUUUGCAAUGACAAUUCUCCAAUAAACAGCCCCCAGUUGUCAGCAAACAUCGAUAGCUUGUUGGCUGAAUUGGUAUCAGGAACUGUCCUGAAUGGUUUCAGCACCAGCUCCUAUGGCAAAGCCAAAGACCAAGUCUUUGGCCUGGGACAAUGCAGAGGAGAUGUGAGCAACGAAGAUUGCUCGAGCUGCAUCAAAGAUGCAUCGAAACAAAUUCGCAAACUUUGCCCGACUCAAGCUGAUGCUCGAAUUUGGUAUGAUUACUGUUUUCUAAGAUAUGACACCGAGAAAUUCUUCGGGCGCGUUGAUACAUCAAUCGGGAUAUUCUUCUACAAUGUUGAGAAUGUAACCGAUCCUGACUCUUUCAACAAAGAACUCGGAAAUUUGUCGGAUAAGAUCAGCUCAGAGGCUGUUGCCCCUGGAAACAACGGGCUAGGGAGAGGAAAGAAAGAGUUGUCACCAUUUUUGACUCUAUAUGAAUUGGUUCAAUGCACAAGGGACCUCUCGCAGCUUUCUUGCGAACAGUGCUUGGCCAUAGCAAUCGGGGAAUUCCCCACCUUCUGCAAUAACAAGAAAGGAUGCCGAGUUCUCUACAGCAGCUGCAUCGUCCGUUAUGAGUUAUAUCCGUUUUUCUUCCCUCUCGACCCAAAAGAGACCUUAGUCAAUAUGCCCAUGAAGUACUACCACUCGUCCACAGUUAUUAAGCCUUAAACGCAUAACAUAUGCUUAUUAUACAGAUUCAGUUCUUCACUGAAUUUUAUGCUCAGUAAUACUCAGUUUCUGUUC